AUGUCAGACAGUCAUUCAGUAAUGUUCAAUAUUGUUAAAAGAAAUAGAUUAACAUCUCCCAGCAGUGAUUUUAAAUACUCCGAUUUUAAAGACAUGUGCUGCACUUCAGUAUUUUUGGACAGCGGAUGCAAUGAGCCAGUAAGAGAUCCUGGUGCAGAACAUAAAGAAGCACCGAGCGUAACAAGUUCAUCACUGCUACAAGAGCAUUCGGAACACAUUCAUCCAAAUGCCCUCUCUUCUGUGUCACCAUCUAUUGAAAAAGAAAUGAAUUCUAUCUCCUUAUCAGAAAGAAGAGAAGCAAACAGAAGUGCAGAUUUUUUUGAAACUCCCAAAGUGAGUAGAAAAAGUUCCUCACUACGCAGGAGGCUGCUUUUACCUAAAACUGUUCCAGCUGGCACAACUGUAGGAUGCUAUGAAAAACAAGCUAGUUCUUCAGGAGGCAGCAGAAAAAAGUUAUUCUCUUGUGCUUUGAGCUUUGAAGAAAAGCUUCCACAAACAGCUUCAGGUUUUGCAAAAGAUCAUGAUUACAAACCUCUGACAACUAGCAUUUCAAAACCUGAAGACUCUAAUCCUGAUUGCCCAAAACGGAGACUUUCUUUUUCACAGCAAAGGACUUCUACUUUAGAUGAGUCCAAAGGUAAGGACCCCUUGUUGCUAGAACCAGAACGUUUAUCUCCAAUUCAGAGUAAAGAUGUCCUUGUUAGUGAUGCUAAUGAAUUCAGUGAAAGUGUCCUCAUGAAUGUGAGUGAUGGCUUGCUUAGGACUCCUACUUACAGUAUGUUACCUGAGCCCACUGAGGGUACGUUCCUGCCUUCUGUCAACAGCCUGACAGAGAACUUCAACUUUGAACUAUGUGAUAUAAGCUCCCUCCCUGUUAAGCUGGCAAGUGACCCAGAUCUUUCGACACCUGAGGAUAGUGGCUAUAAUUCGCUUCAUUUGGACAAAUCGGGAAACUCGUUUUCUGAUCAUGACGGAUCUUUCCAAGAGCUCUUCCUAAGACGUAAAGAAGGUUCAAGAAUUCUGGAUAGUAAAAGAAAGACAAGAAAACUUGAACGAGUUAGAAGGUUAUCCACUCUUCGGGAACAGGGCUCACCGUCAGAGACGGAGGAUCGUCAUGGCAGUACUGCUUUAGCACAUAUGGUGACAGAAGAAGAAAGAAACUUUGUCAGUGAAGAUCGUGCACUAGUUUUAAAAGAACAGUCUAGUGGAGGCAUAGCUGUAAGUCACAGAGCUCUCUCAAGAACUCCAGCUCUGAAAGUAGUUCAGGAAAUUUGCUUGCAAAGACAAAAAUCAGACCCAAAUAAAAAAUUGGAGAAUAUUGAAGGAACAGAAAUACUUGCGUUAGAACAUAUUCUUGCUGGACUUAUUGGCAAGAAAAUGGGCCUUGAAAAAUUAGAUAUUUUAACAGAAUUAAAACACAGAAAUUUAAAACAUGUUCUUUCUAUAGUUUUAGAUGCUUUGACAGUUGAAAGUCUGUGCAGCAUUUGGAAAGUUAGCAAAAACUGGCGCGAAAUCAUUGUACAAGACAAAAGUGCACACGAGAGGAGAAAGUUUUACUUAAAACACUUGAAAGAAGAAGCUGGGGAGUAUUUCCUGAAAGAUGAAGAUGCUGCCACAAGACUCAAUGUUCUCAAUAGAUCUGCUCUAAGGCCUGUUCAAGCUCAGGCGAGAACUCCUGUUUUACAAACACCACCUGUGUCCGCUGAACUUAUGCCCAGGAGAUGCAGUUCUCUUCCCCAUUCAACUAGCAGGCGGGAAGAAUACAUAAAAGUUGCUAAAACUCUGUUCACUGAUGAAGCUCUAAAACCCUGCCCAAGGUGUCAAUAUCCUGCUAAAUAUCAAUUGGUAAAGAAAUGGGGACAAUGUAGCAGAGAGGCAUGUGCAUUUGAAUUUUGUAUUCUAUGUCUGCAUGCUUUUCACGGGUCAAAAGAAUGUAAUAGUUUAUGUGCAAAACGGAAGAACAAAAAAGAUGCUCCUCCAGGAAGUGCUGAAAGCAAAAGGAAUUUGAAAAGACUCUAA